CAGCAGGGGACGAUGCUGCCGAGGCGGCGGCGGCGGCGCGCUCCGGCGGUCUGAAGCGGCGGCCGGCUGCCACGGGCCGGCGGCGCAAUGAGCUGGGGGGCCGCCCCCGGCUCGGGGCUGUGAGGGGCUCGGGGCCGGGGGUGGGCGGCGGCGGCGGCGCGGCGGGCCGCCAACGCUUCUUCCAGGCGGCGGCGGCGGUGGCCAUGCGCGGGACGGCGCGGUUGGGGCCGCCGCGCCGGGGCCGCCUCCCGGGGGCCCGCGGCCUGAGGGCCCCGCCGCCGCCGCUGCUGCUCCUGUUCGCGCUGCUGCCGCUGCUGCCCGCGCCUGGCGCCGCUGCUGUCCCGGCCCCGCGGCCCCCGGCGCUGCCGCCAGUGGCCGCGGGGCCCAGCGUGAGCCUCUACCUGAGCGAGGACGAGGUGCGCCGGCUCAUCGGUCUUGAUGCAGAACUUUAUUAUGUGAGAAAUGACCUUAUUAGUCACUACGCUCUGUCCUUUAACCUGUUAGUACCCAGUGAGACAAAUUUUCUGCACUUCACUUGGCACGCAAAGUCCAAGGUUGAAUAUAAGCUGGGAUUCCAAGUAGACAAUUUUGUGGCUAUGGACAUGCCCCAGGUCAACAUUUCUGCUCAGGGGGAAGUUCCACGCACUUUAUCAGUGUUUCGAGUCGAGCUUUCCUGUACUGGCAAAGUAGAUUCUGAGGUUAUGAUACUAAUGCAGCUCAACUUGACAGUAAAUUCUUCCAAAAACUUUACAGUCUUAAAUUUUAAGCGAAGGAAAAUGUGCUACAAAAAACUUGAAGAAGUAAAAACUUCAGCCUUGGACAAAAACACUAGCAGAACUAUUUAUGAUCCUGUACAUGCAGCUCCAACCACUUCUACGCGUGUGUUUUAUAUCAGUGUAGGGGUUUGCUGUGCAGUAAUAUUUCUUGUAGCAAUAAUAUUAGCUGUUUUGCACCUUCAUAGUAUGAAAAGGAUUGAACUGGAUGACAGCAUCAGUGCCAGCAGUAGUUCCCAAGGGCUGUCUCAGCCAUCUACCCAGACGACCCAGUAUCUGAGAGCCGAUACACCCAAUAAUGCAACUCCUAUUACCAGUUAUCCUACCUUGCGGAUAGAGAAGAACGACCUGAGAAGUGUCACUCUUUUGGAGGCCAAAGCUAAGGUGAAGGAUAUAGCAAUAUCCAGGGAGAGGAUAACUCUAAAAGAUGUACUCCAAGAAGGUACUUUUGGGCGUAUUUUCCAUGGGAUUUUAGUAGAUGAAAAAGAUCCAAGUAAAGAAAAACAAACAUUUGUAAAAACAGUUAAAGAUCAAGCUUCUGAAGUUCAGGUGACAAUGAUGCUCACUGAAAGUUGUAAGCUGCGAGGUCUUCAUCACAGAAAUCUGCUUCCUAUUACCCAUGUGUGUAUAGAAGAAGGAGAAAAGCCCAUGGUGAUACUGCCUUACAUGAACUGGGGGAAUCUUAAAUUGUUUUUACGGCAGUGCAAAUUAGUAGAGGCUAAUAAUCCUCAGGCAAUUUCUCAACAAGACCUGGUACAUAUGGCUAUUCAGAUUGCCUGUGGAAUGAGCUAUCUGGCCAGAAGGGAAGUCAUCCACAAAGAUCUGGCUGCUAGGAACUGUGUCAUUGAUGACACACUUCAAGUUAAGAUCACAGACAAUGCCCUCUCCAGAGACUUGUUCCCCAUGGACUAUCACUGUCUGGGGGACAAUGAAAACAGGCCAGUUCGAUGGAUGGCUCUGGAAAGUCUGGUUAAUAAUGAGUUCUCCAGCGCUAGUGAUGUGUGGGCCUUCGGAGUGACGCUGUGGGAGCUCAUGACUCUGGGCCAAACGCCCUAUGUGGACAUUGACCCCUUUGAGAUGGCCGCGUACCUGAAAGAUGGUUACCGAAUAGCCCAGCCCAUCAACUGUCCUGAUGAACUAUUUGCCGUGAUGGCUUGUUGCUGGGCCUUGGAUCCGGAGGAGAGGCCCAAGUUCCAGCAGCUGGUACAGUGUCUCACAGAGUUCCAUGCAGCCCUGGGGGCCUAUGUGUGACGCUCCUCCCACAGUCCCACAGCUUCCAGCGGAAGGUGCCUGUCAGGGCUCGCUUGGAGCCAGUCACGGACGCUUCAUCCAUGACACAACGCCAGCAGGAGCACAUUCGUCUUCCAGAACACCGUGCCUUAGGAACGCUUUAGAAUCGGAACUUUUUAAGACACACUUAAUAAUGUGGAAUAAUUUUCUAGAUACCAGUUUUAUUAGGUUGAACUGAAAAGGUUUUUGUAAAUUUUUGGGCCAAAAAAUUUUAAAACAUAGUUACUUUGGACUAGGGGUACAUUCUUACAAAAUAAAUAAACAGUUUUUUAAAUUGUUUAAACACAGGUAUUUGGAAUAGCUAUCUUAGUGCCAAUUGCUUUUUAUUUUUUGACUUCAUCAAGGUAAUGUAGGUGAUUCACCUUUAAAGUUUUUAAAAUCUUUAUCACUAGUCUUGGGAAUGGUUUGUCUUCCAGAUGCAUUACUUUUUCUUAGAAAAAGAAAAACAGUAUAAAAAGAUGUCUGGUUUGUCUUACAGGGAAAGGCAAUAUUGGAGGAAAAAAACUUAACGAAAAGCUAGAGUAUGAAAAAAAAAUUUAAAAAAAUAAUUGAUUAGUAACAGAAACUGCCCCUUUGUAAAAUUGUUUCUUUUUUAUUUUAUUUUUUUAAUGAAAAGGAGUUCUGCUCCUUUAUUUUGGGGGAAGUAGGAGCUGAAUUCAUUGAAACAUCUUAAAUUUGGCAGAAAUUAGCUUUUCCUUGCGCUAGAAGUGAGUUUUGGGGGCAGGUGAGUAGUAAACAGUGAUGAUUUUAUUUAUUUUCACUCUCUGGAAAAGGUGAUAAUACAAUUUCAGAAAGUGAAAUCACGUUUCUAAGGUUAAGAAUCCCUUUUAUUGCACCUAGAAUAGUGCUAUGCACAGAGUAGGUGCUUGAGAUGUUGUGGGUUAAAAAAUGUAAACUGGUAAAUUUUGUGCUUAUCUACAAGGCUGGCUUAAGUAUAAAAUUGUUUUUUAAAACACUUGAAAAAUUAAAGGAUUUGUUUUAUAUGA